AUGCCCAUGGUCGACUACCCGGCCCUGUCUCUGUCUAAAGCUCUGCUGACCAGCCGGCUCACAGUGCUGCACCUUCACAAUGCCCAGCUCAGUGGCAUGCCACUAUACACCUUGGUUGGUGCACUGAAGAUGAACCGGGCUUUGCAAAAGCUCCACCUGACCAACAACUUGUUGAACAGCUACCAGGAUGCUCUGCAGCUUGGAGACCUGCUACGCUACAACACCACUUUACAGACUCUGGAGCUCAGCAACAAUGCUGUAGCAGAUGCUGGUCUGGAGGAACUGUGUGAUGGUCUGAGGUGGCAGACAGUAGGUCUGAAGGUCUUAUUGCUGAGGAACAACCAGAUCACUGCAAAGGGAAUGGUGCAUCUGGCCAAGACUCUGCCUGUGCUGAAGGUCCUGCAGGUCCUGGAUUUGGCUGAGAACCUCCUGGGGAACGAGGGCAUCCAGGUGAUCAGGACGCCUCUCAUGGUGAACUGCUCAGUGCUGCAGCUCGGCUUGGCCCAAGCCAACAUCACCUGUGAAGGUGCUGUGGCAUUGGCCGAGUUCCUUGCAGAGAACCGUUACAUUCAGCGCCUUGACCUCCGUCAGAACAAGGUGAAGGUUGGGGGCCUAAUGGCCUUGUGUCUGUCCCUGAGGAUAAACCAUUCUCUUGCUUAUCUGGAUUUGGAUGAUGCAACCCCAGAGGAGCAGGCCUUGUGCAGUGGCUCCUCUUUUGGAACAAUGGUUUUCGGUAGCCGCAUCUAG